GUUCCUGCUGAUGACGUGGCACGGAGGUGUCCGGCGGAGGAGGGAGCGGCGCUGUGCUGAUAACAGUUACCUGGUGACUGAUGCUAUACACGCCAGAGUUGUCAUCAUGCCGAUGUACCUUGACCCCGCUAUAUUUGCUGGCUGUGUAGGGGCGUUUGAAGCUGAAGCAUAAACCUCUGGUUCAUGUGGCACAUGGACUUUAGCAUACCUUAUGAGGAAUCUCUGUUUCUCUCUUCUGUGACAGACACAGGUGUAACUCUCUGGGUGGCAUUCCUUGAGUGCAAUGGAUCAUGGUGCUCCUCCUUGGAUUAACCAGAGCAGACCAGCUGCUGGAAUGCCCCAGUGGAGAGGGAUGUACCCCCCUCCUUCUCUGCAUCCUUACAGGACUAGCGACUAUGGAUAUUAUCAACAGUAUCCCAUGCAAGGUGGUAAUCAAGCAUGGCAUGGUCCAUGGAUGGACUAUCAUUCCCGAUAUCCUGCUAACGUGCCAAGGCAUGUAGAGACUAGGCGCCCAGCAUCAAGGGCAGAAAUUUAUGAGAAGAGUGACAGAAGAGAGCCAUAUCGGCCUUUGUCCAGGCAGGAAUAUGAUGAAAGAUACGGGUUUUAUGAAGCUGUACAUAGAGAAAACUAUGGCAACAGAAGCUACCGUUAUGAUCCUACAGCUACUGUCUCUGCAGAAACAGACUGGAGGAGAGAAACACAAAACCAGCACAUGGAACACUGGAUGCAAAAUCCGCCUAAUGUAUACAAUGUGGAUCAGACCAUGGUGAACCAGCAACAGAUAGUUCAAGACCGGAUUCAGAAAUAUGACAACAGCAAUGCUUGGCACUCCAGUCAUACACCCUGCAGCUCUGCAACAGAAAAAAUUGAGUCUUUAAGCUCAAAUGAACCCAGCCUGCUAUCUCAGUAUCGUGAUUCGGGUAUGUCAUCUAGUAGUUAUGAGUUGAGUCAGUACAUGCAUGAUCCAGCAGAUGUGAUUGACUACUGGAAUCCAUUACAGGAUGAGACUCUGGAAUGCACUCCGCAGCCUACAGCUCCAAUGAAGUUUUCUCUGCCGCAUGUAACGGUGUGUUUUGGUGCUCAGGGGCAGCUGGUUAGAGUGCGCCCCAAUUUCCCGGAUGAAGGCCAGCCUGCACGUGUGGAGAUACACAGCAUGGAGGUUCUACUCAGUGACACUGCAGAACAAGAGGAGAUGAGGAACUUUCUAGGACCUGUACAGAGGGAGGAUUUACAUAAAGUCGAUGUAAUGAACUAUUGCCAGCAGAAUGCCAGCCAAUGCCUGCGCUCAGGGGGCCCGAGGAGCCGCGACGACGCUCUGCUCUGGCAGGUGCUGCUGCAGAUGUGUCGGCAAAAUGGGUGUAUUGCUGGAACAGAUGUGGCAGAGCUAUUACUACAAGACUGUAAGCGGGAAAGGUACAAGAAGGUUCAAACAGACAAUGACCUAAUUUCUCUUACUGAGGAUCCACUUCUCAUACCUGAUGGUGCUCAGGUAGAUCUUCUGACCGGGGUGGCCCCAUCUGCUGCCGAAACCUCUGCUCGGGCUGUGGAGAAGUUCACAAAGCUGUUGUUCUUUGGCCGCAAAAAAGAGGCUUUGGAUUGGGCUAUGAAGAGUCAGCUUUGGGGUCAUGCACUGUUCUUGUCGAGUAAAAUGGAUCUUCGGACAUACAGCUGGGUAAUGGCAAGGUUUACCAGCACUUUGGCUCCCAAUGACCCUUUGCAGACACUUUUCCAGCUUAUGGCCGGGAGAAUACCUCAAGCAGCAACAUGCAGUGGAGACCCAAAGUGGGGAGACUGGAAGCCUCACUUGGCUGUAAUGCUGUCCAAUCAGAUGGGAGAACCAGAGGUGAACAACCGUGCUAUUGUUACCAUGGGAGACCAUUUAGUACUCAAAGGCUUCACAGAGGCUGGACACUGCUGCUACCUGACAGCUGGCAUCCCUCUUGGCCAGUUCUACAAGAAGUCAGACCGUCUGGUUUUGUUGGGCAGCAAUCACAACCAAACGUUUAAGAGGUUUGCCAGCACUGCCAACAUCCAAUGCACGGAGAUCCUGGAAUAUUGCCAAAGUUUGGGAAAACCCGGCCAUUUUAUUCCUUCUUUCCAGGUGUAUAAAUUCCUAUAUGCCACUCGACUGCUGGAUUAUGGCUUGACAUCCCUAGCCCUUCAUUACUGCGAAUGCAUUGCCUAUGUCCUCCUCUCCUCCGGCUCAGGAUCUUCAGUGCUGAUAUCAGAGUUAAUCAAGUUUGCAGAACGUUUGAGAUACUCGGAUCCUCAGAUUCUGGAGCAGCCUGAACCGGAACAGAAUCAGGAACCAUUGUGGCUUGUCCAGCUUCGUGCUUUGCACCUACAAUUUCAGACAGAUGAUGAAAAGAGUAGAACAAGUCCUUUAACCUGCAGCAAUCAAGUCAACAAAACAGAAACAGUGCAACAGGACAAACCAGUAGAGGUUUUAGAUGUGCCUACAUUAGGAGAAGCUUUGCAAAGAUAUCCCGAGAAUGAAACAGGGCAUACUCUUCAAAAUGCAGCAGAGGAGGAAAAGCACAUUGGCAGCUGGGUACCCCAGUACACAGACCUGCAAUUGGUGGAUGCACAGAGUGGACAUGAUUAUGUGUGGGGCUCACAGCAGAGUGAGCUCAGUGCUGAUCUUCCUUCUGAUUACAACAACCCUGAAGAGCCACAAGUGCAAGAGACGUUAGAGGAGUUUUCAGAGUCGCCCACACACAGCAGUGACAAUGCUUUCUUCAUGCAGGCUGCACUUAUGUCCAGGAGAGUGAGCACAGUGUCUGAGACAUCCACAGUCUCUGUUGAAGAUGAUAACGGGGAGGAAAGAUUUAAUGAUGAAGCUCCCGUACAGAAAUCAGAAGAGAAAAAGGGCUCUACAUUUGGAUGGUUUAGCUGGUUUCGUUCCAAGCCAACCAAAGAAAUUCCAAUCCCGCCAAGCAAUCCACAAACUUCUAAAUCUUUAUCUCAGGCUGAAUAUCCACCAAGACCACGCGACAAAAGUCUUCCGCCACCUGCAGCUUCUGUCUUCUUGCCUCCAGACGGCACAAUGAAUUUAUCCUCCAGAGGAAUUAAAGAAAGUGAAGAUCGGCAGAAGAUCAAUAGCAGUUCAGUGUUACCAGAGAUCCGGGGGCAGCAGGAGAACAUGGGCAUUUAUCCAAAUGCAUCUGUCUCUGGAAGUCAGAUAAGCCAGCCGCCUGGAGCUGUCCCCCUGUACAAUCCUACACAGUUCUUUCAGGAUGCAAGCCAAAGUUCAAAUCAGCCAAGACGUCCUCUACGAGGGCGAUAUCCACUACAACCCAGAUGAAGAAACAUGUCUGAUUUCCUACUCAGGGAGAGCCAGAUGGCCGAUUGUUAAAAGACUGAAGAUCAUUCUUUCUUGAUACACAUGGUGGGCUCAACCAUCCAAAGAUAUAAACAUGGGAAAAACUGUGCCACAAUCUUACCCAAUUACCUCUUUUUAUUUCUCAACUAUUUUUGAUAAAUGUUGACCAGGAAGUAGUAAAGCCCCUAUGGGAAGGUAUAUUUA